GACCCAAUUUUUCAACAGAAUAUCGCGGUAGAUGUCAUCAUCAUCGUCGACGUUAAGCUGGAACUAACGUUCCAUCGUGUCGGCAAAGGUCAACGCUUUGUCGGCGGGGGAGUAGCACACUCCGCGCUCUCCGUGAAUGGGCGAGGGAGCAGUCUGAAGGGAUUCCAAGAGCUCCCUCAACCUUCCGUUUCGGAAGUCAAUGAUGGCCAGUUUUACUUCGUUGGCUAACCCGUUUGCUGCAAUUCUUAUAUCUCAACUGACUCAUCAAUAUCAGUAAGCUGUAUCGGAGAGUUUAGGUGAUGUUUGAUUUAUCGUUUUCAAGGCAUGCAUGGGAGUUGGAAAGUAUUCAAUGCUGUGCUCCUUCAAGCAUAUCCGACGACAUAGUUGACUGAGGGUCGGUGAGCAAAAACAAGAUGAGUUAGAUCUGAGAUUUAGGUGGAUGCCUGCUCUAUCGUUAAAGCGGACUAAAUCUUUUCAGAAGUGAAAAGUUUUCUUUUGCGAGUAUCGAGUUCUUCUGAACCCCCGUAAGGGGUUUUGAGCAUUGAAAUUUCCAACAAAGGGAUCGGUAGUUGAAAAGUGAUCUCAAUUGUUUCAGUAACGCACAUUUGUUAUCUGUCAAAUAGGUUUUGCAUUAUGUGAGAAGGAGGGGAACAUGGUGCAACAACUUCCAGUUCAGAUUUGAUACGACCUUGUUGGUUAGGAAUAUUUUCUUUUACUAAUAUUGCUACUCCACCUCUAGCAUAUGUAACCUCUCAGUCUUCUGUUCUUGAUAAUAUAUGCAUAAUUGAAGAUGUACGAAAUUAAAUUGUAUUGAGGAAUGAAUUUGGCCUAUGUCUACUAAUGAUAAUCUAUUAUGAAAAUAUUUGUCAACAUAUUAUUGGGAAAUUUCAACACAACAAUGCCUUAUGUCGAGUUAGCGCAUCUCUACCACAAGAAAACAGCAUGUGUAGGCAUGGAUUUUCCAUUAGAUAUGUGUUUCAUCUUGUCUUGUAAAUCAAACAAAUUAACCUUACGAUAGUUUUCAGCGCAAUUCCCAGUGCUGCCCUUGAUACUCUCCUAAACAGUUUAUCUUCACCCCCAUCAAGUGAGGGUUCUCAUAUGUUUCUGCACCCAGGUCGGAAAAGAACCUCACUUACUAACAACCAGCAAACUAUUUUGCAAAAUGCAUUUAGCAUUGACCCAUUUGUGGACAGAAGUCGCCUGCCUGAAUUGAUGGAGGAAACUGGACUGGAUCGAAAAUGUAUCAAAAUCUGGUUUCAAAACAGGAGGCAGAAGCAGAAGAAGAAGCCAUCAUCUUUCAAGGGCGACCAGGCCUAAUGCUCAUCAGUUAAUGAUCAACCAUCCUUGAAGAAUACUUAUAGCAUCUGUAGCCUAUAGUGAAAUUAGUAUUUCCAUUAUUUGAUAUAAUAACAGGUAUUAUUAUCAUUUAGGUAUUCGUUGUUCUAAUAAUCAAGUUUACUUACUGAAUAGGAGUCAGGACACUUGUAGUAAGUAUAGAUUUUUCUCAUAUCUAGAAAUUGAGGAAAUGGUAUUUUUAAAUUACUGAAAUUACUUAUCUAUGUUUCACAAUGGAAAGAAUGAUUGCUUUACCCGUGAGGAAAAAUGAAUUAUCAUCUGAUUUACUGGAAGGAAAAUGUAUUAUAGUUUUUAGAACUUCAAUAAGUACAAUUACAUUGUAGUUUACCUUCCAACAUUCGCCUUGCUGCGCCUUCAGUUGAUAAGCAGGACCAAAAGAAAACUGAACCAACCAGUACAGUCCUUCAUUAUAUCACUAUAAUGAAUUGCAUUUCCAGAAUGAACAAAAAUAGGUUGAUUGAAGAUAAAAAUAAAAUGUAUAAAAUACAUAAUUUCUUCAGAAAACAAAUGUAAAAAAUGGAGAUGAGGUGGCGAUGGUAUAAUCUCAUACAAUUUUGCAACAAGAUAAUCAAUGUUCCUUACAGUAAGUCAGUUCAUUGUUGAAUUUUCCCCAAAUUAUCCUCAACUCAAUAGAAGUUUGAAUUAGGAAUUAGGUACUUGACUAUAAUAAAAAAUAAUAUAUCGUAACUUAUAACAGGAACAAAUAAAUAAGCGUCAAAAAAUUUUGAGAACUCAUUGGAUUUCAUUGAAAUCAAACAAAAAUAAUUAUCUUACAUUUGAGGGUUUCUUCUGAAUUGUUUUUAAGUAUAUCUCGAACGAAAUCUGUUAUUGAAUAAAAUGUUCUUAAUUUGGCCGAAUUCAAGUACUAUUUGAGCUUGUUUAUUGAUGACUUCCAAAAUAUGACUUUGGCAUCUGUUUUUGCUUUGAUUGAGAUGAAAAAUAAUCAAAAAGGUAGUCACAUCAUCUAUUUUCUAUAACUUUUUUCGGUGUCCCGAAAAAUAACCCUACUUCUGAUUUUUUUUCAAUAAAAUUUAACAGUUAAUGCGAAUCACGUGACUACUAUUUUUUUAUGUUUUAUCUUAAUCGAAGCGAAAACCGAUUCCAAAGUCAAAUUUCGGAUAACGCCACCAUAUGAUGCGGACUUUAUUGGUCACAUUAUAGAAACAUCAACAUUUUUAGGAUUUGUUUUUUAGAUUUCUUUAUGUUGUUUGGGCAAUUACUAUUUUAAGCACACUCCACAGUACAAAUUUCCAAAUUUCUAAGUGAGAAUCAACCUUAUUCAACCAGUACCUUACAUUAAUGGACUUCUGUGUGAAGGAUGACGUUAUAAUCUAUGAAUUUACUGAUGAAUUGGACUCAUUUCAUUUUUCCGUAAUAGUUUUCUCAUAUGAGAUAGAAUUAGACGUGCCUGUUGAAGCUACCUAUUAUUGUUCAAAAAUACAUUCAAUAUUUUCAAUAUUCCUUUUCAAUUCUAUGUGUUAUUCGUGAACGAUUAAAAUAUCUUCCUUUCAGAUGUCGAAGAUUCCUCUUCUUUUCCUAUACCAUCACUUAUACUUGAGCGAUCGAGAUUAAAUUAUGAGUCGGCUUACGUAAGGUUCGAAAAAUGGUGUGAAGAAAAUAACAUGGGAGAACUUGACGAGAAAGUACUGUUCGCUUACUUUGAGGAAAAGUCGAAAGUUCAAAAAUCUUCCUCGCUCUGGGCUCAGUUCUCAAUGUUGAAAUAUAUGAUUUCAAUGAAGAAAAACAUAGAUAUCAGCAAAUAUACGACCCUUUUGGCAUUCUUGAAGAAAAAUGCAGUGGGAUAUCAAGCGGUAAAGUCUAAGAAUUUGACAAAACAAGAUGUUGAUACGUUUUUGAGGGAAGCGGACGACCAUACGUACCUCUUGAUGAAGGUUGCCUUGAUAAUUGGUGUCGCUGGUGAAUGCAAUAGACACGAAUUGUCUCACAUGUUAAUAGAAGAUGUUAAAGAUGAAGGCAGCUAUUUCCGAAUCACGAUACCAAAUUCUCUGACCAAAUCACAACGAGAAUUCAUCAUACUAGCGGAAACCAUCAACGGCUUGAACUUGGUAGAGAUAAUUCGAAAAUAUAUCAAUAUUCGACCAUCUCGUGUUGAUCAGCAACGUUUUUUCGUAGCUUACAGAAAUGGUAAAUGUGUAAACCAGCCCGUUGGUGUGAACACAAUUGGUAUUUAUCCCAAGAAAGUGGCCUCGUUCUUGGGAUUACCAGAUCCAGAAGGAUAUAUAGGUUAUCGUUUCGGAAGAACGUCUCGUCGUGGUAGCAGAAAAACAUCCUCCUUCACGGAUGGAUUCAACGAUUGACUAUGAAAACCCAAAUGUAAAAACGUUAAGGAUUGAUAUUGUGUCCAGUUUUUGUUGUUUAUACACUUUUCAAUGCCAGUUCAAUUAUGCAUUUUCGUCCAGCAAAGGGAAGUCACAAGGUUUUUUGAAAAUUAUUGAUGAUUAACAAAGUAGGUAGUUGCAUCACUUUAAUAUCAGAUGAAAUGUAAUACAUGUCAUCUGGGAUUAUUUUGAAUUUUUGUUUUCAAUGAAAAUUUUAUAUCACCUCUUCAUUCUGAAAAAUAACGUGAGAUUCCAAACAAAUUCUGUGGGUUGGCACCCUGUGGUUAGUCUUUGAUAACAUUUUGGUACAUCACCUAUAUAUAAUAUUUAUUAAUCUAUCAUAAAAACCAAGAUAAAUAAAGGAUCUCAACUAGAACUGCACCAGUCUAUAUCAAGAAAACCAUACAUAAAAAACUUUUGGAAAUUUGGCAACAUGGCAAGAGACUUGAUUACUUGCAAGAUGAUUCCACCAAGAUGAUUCAAUAUUAUCCACGAUAAUAAUUAAUCAAGUAUUAAUGACUACAGAUGAAGCUACGGUGUUGAAGAAACACGUCUAAAAUAUGAAAUUUUAUUGAUCAUCAUGAAUACUGUUAAUAAUUUCCAUCAAGUAACGAGUCAGCUUAUUCAUAAUUUCAAUAUAUUUAUUCAAAAGGAAACAUUUUAAGUAUACUUUUUCAUUCUAUGCAAUAUUUCAGCUGACAUUCCUGAAUCGUAUCCAAGCCUUAAUUCUAAGCGUUUUUGAUAUUUUCACGUUUCCAUGUGUGGUGAUAAUAUUUAUAUAUGUAUCAAUGGCGUAAAAUAGGCUUCAAUGGACCGCAGCGUGUAAGUAAUAUCACGAGCGAUAGCGAGGGAUAUCAACACGCCUACGUCCAUAAAAGCAAAUUACGCCAGAAAUACAUACAACAUUUUAUUCACCACCGGUAUAUUUGAUGUCAUGUAGGUAGAAACCUCUCAAUACAAUACAUCAAGGCUGCCUUGCGGCGGCCUUGAUGUAUUUCUAUCGUGUUCUAUCAAUGUAAUUCUAGAUAUCAAUUAAGAAGUGAUGGAAUGAAUGUUAUCAUGGCAACUCAGUGAAUUUUUCGAAAUGAUAUUAUAUAGGCGAGUAGCCAUAGUGAUUUUAAAAUGCAUUCAAGCGACGAAGAAAGUGUGAAUUGUACUCUAUCAGAAAUAAGUAAAGCAUCUGAGGAUGCGAAAUUGAGUUUAUAAAUUCACUUUAGCGCCUGUUCAAUGACUGUCUUGCCCGCCGGGCGGUAAAGUAAUCCGAGGGUGCUAGAGUGCUAUUUUACGCCCGCAAAUCCGGGCGAUAAUGUGCUACUUUAUGCCCGGUCGUGCAUAAAAUCAUUUUUGAAUGUGUAUAUGCAGUUUUUUUAUCAUUCAAUCUGAAUUGGAUUCAUUGUGAGGAAUGUACUUUGAUAUUGUAUGCUGAUUCUCAUAAAUAUCAAUUAGUGUGUACAUCUGCAAUUUUGGAGUUUCGAUUUGCGUUACGAAACUGUUCAACAUUACAAAUUCUCGGUUUUUGCAAUGGCUUUUCAUCGAUCAUCGAUUGAAUUCAAUUUUUCGUACAACUUUUAUUAUUACCUAGCUAUUGGAAACAUGAGAAAGGUUUAUUGAGGUGGAUUAUAUUCAACAAGGAAUUCAAAAUGGAAGGUAAAAUUGGAACCUAUGGCGUAGAAUUAAUCCAAAACAAGCACUGCUGAACUGCAAUACCUUUCUCGACGCGCGUUUCACCUACCAAGUUGGCGUCUUCAGGAAAUUUACAGUUUUUCAUCUUCUGAAGACGUCAUUGAAAUCCAAUGCCAUUUGGAUAAUGAAAGCUUCUGCAUAGGAAAAAUUCAUAUUCAUUCAGAGCAUAAAAGGUAUUUUUUCAUAUGAAAACACAAAUGUCAGUGGACUUAGCUAUGAAAGAAGGUACGUAUACUUUUGACAUAACUGAAAGUGAAAAUAUCUCAGUUGGGUUUCCCAAAGACAUUUUUGUAUAGCCAAAUAUCCAAAAAAAACAUUAUUUACUUUUGAAUUUUGGGUUGAUGCCGUUUCAGUUGAACGUCUUGUAUAGAAUCAUACAAACACGGUUUUGGGAUUAUAUAUUUGUUAAGCUUAAGGUUUGAUUUCAUUGAAAUAAAAGAUUUGUUUCGAAA